GAAAAAAAAUAGUCCAUCUUUCCGAUCUUUACAGAAUUAAGCAACAAUUUGUAAAGCAGUCAAUUUCUGUUCCAAGCCAUGAUUUCACUGCAACAGUUGGAGAAAGAAGCAAAACCAAUUCAAACUUACUACAAAUCAGCGACAUAUUCAAAACAAGAAGUUAGCUACCCUGAACGAGAUAUCCCCACCGACGCAACCUUUCAUUAUAAAGAACUUGCUGCUAAGAAACAUAGUGAGGCUGAACGGAGAAGACGACUUCGAAUCAAUGGCCAGUAUGCCACUCUUCGGACCAUCUUACCCAACUUAGUCAAAACGGACAAGGCAUCCGUGCUAGAAGAGACGAUUAAAAGCGUGAGGGAGCUGCAGAAGACGGUCAAAGAAUUAAAAACAGUGGGUCGAGAUCGCCACAAAUGUGAAUUCCCCAAUGAGGUGAAUGAGUUGAACUUAAGCUACUCUAAUGGCGAUGGAGGGUUGGUAAAAGCCACGUUGAGUUGCGAGGAUAAGCCGGGAUUAUUGUCAGACAUAGGGAGAGCGCUAAGGUCAGUGAAAGCAACGGUGUUGAAGGUUGAGAUGGCGACAGUGGGUGGUAGAGUCAAAUGUGAAUUGUUGAUUCAAGGAUUUAAAGGAAAUGAAGGCAUGGUAAUACUAAAGAGGGCCUUAAAAAUAGUCAUAGAUAAGCCAAGUUUGCCAGGAAAUUAUGGUAAGAAGAUUUGUUUCUAUAAGUGAUUAUUUUACACUUCAUAAUGGUGCAUGAUAUAUAGAUCACUUAUAAGAGUUACAUCUCCAAAAGUUAAGUUUCAUUAUAAAUCUAUAGAAUGAUAUGUUAUACAAAAAUCCUGUACUUUUUAUUUAUUAUAAGGCAAUAUAA